AUGAAGUGGAGGACCUACCGGGAGCUCUCCAAGAAAGAGCACCCGGACAAGAACCCGGAGUCCGCUGAACGCUUCAACAUGAUCAGAGAUGCCUACGAGAUCCUCAGCGAUCCAGUGAAAAUGCUCCUGUAUGAUACAGGCGGCAUGGAUCUGAUCAAGAAGUAUGAGAAAGAUGGCGAUGGUGAGAUUGAACGCGUGGAUAACUACGAGGUGACCCAUGAGAUCUCCCUGGAGGAAGCCUACCAGGGGGGUGAGAAGGAGAUCCUUGUGAACCGCAGGGUCGUUUGCAGGUCCUGCCGCAUGCGGCCGGACCUCCAGCGCUGUCGGAAGUGUCAGGCCUGCCCUGGCCAGCGCCAGCAGCGGCAGGUCUGGCUGGACCAGUGGCACUACCGGGUCGAGGAGAUCGAGGUCCCUAGCAACGAGAAGUGCACCUGGGACCGGCAGAAGCUGAAGAUGCAGAUCGAGCGUGGCACCAUGUUUGGGGACCGUGCACACUUCCCGCACAUGGGAAGCCAACUCCCCAAGCACAUUCCAGGUGAUGCUCUCGUGAUCCUGCGUGUCAAGAAGCAUCCGGUGUUCAAGCGGCUAGGCGAUGACCUCAUGGUCGAUGUGCGCAUUAGCCUCUACGAGGCCCUCCUGGGCUUCAAGCGCGAGCUUACCCACUUGGAUGGUCACAUCGUGAACUUCAGCAUGGAGCGAGGGGAUGUGCUGAAACCUGGUGCAGCCCUGGAAAUCCAGGGCGAAGGCAUGCCGCACAAAGAGGAUCCAACCUCCGCCGGCAAGCUGGUGAUCCGCUUCCACAUAGACUUCCCGCAGCAAAUCAGUGCGGAAGCAGGUGAUGCUCUCGAGGCAGCCCUUGGACGCCUCCCUGGGCAGCAAUCGAGAGAUGUGCGCCUGAACCAGGGCAAGGAUGCUACACCUUGCCUUCUGCUGCCGCACCAGAUUCGCCUAGCUAGGACGCUAGCUUCCGAGAAGAAGGGUCUCUUGAUGAAUCUUGGUAUUUCAAGCUUCGACAGCAAUCCUCUGACCGUCCUUUGGCGUUUGCGGGCCCAGAUUUUCGGAAGCUAUCGAACAUUCGAGUGUGUCGUUUUGUUCAUGCAGAGUGGGAGCGGCAGCAUCGGCACUGCACCUGACCUGAACGGCUGGAAGCUCAUAGGCGCCGGACUGAGCAAGUGUUGCCCGGAUGCUGCCGCUUGCUUGCUCAGAGCAUCUCUGGAUGAGGCAGAUUCCCUGACGGUGCUGCUCCAAGGGUCUUUCAUCGAGGAGCUGGAGACACAAGUGCUGCAAGCUCCGUUGGCGCUCGGCGAGGCGGAGUUCCUGAACAUUGCGGAACUGCCCAUUCGUGAAAAGCGGCGUGUCCGGGCAGUGGAUGGCGACUGCACGGUGAAGGCGAUUCACCGCGACGACUUCCAGUCUUCUCUGCAAAAGUUCCCCGAGGAGGCCAAGGUCUUUGACCGCUUCCUCCGAGAGGCCUCGCGCUUCGCGGUGCCUGGGGCGCCCUUCGCAAGGGUCCAGGAAGCCGCCGGGAGGAGGAUACUGGCCUUCCUUGAAGCUGGACGAGAGUUCCAGGGCUGUCAGAGAGACUUCCUGGCCACGUUGUGCACCGAAGCCGAGGGGGUCUUGCUGGCACCCGGCGAGACCCUGCAAGCCGGCGACCUGCCCAAAGGGCAUUGCUCGCUGUUCAUCGUGCUGGCGGGACGAAUCCAAGUCGCGACACCCGAAGGCAUCGUCUUCCGCUUCGCAGGCCCCGGAGAAGUUCUGGGCUCGGCAGCCGCCUUGGACCUCGUGGAUAGCUCCACCGAAGCCCUCAAAGCCCUUCCCGGCAUGGGCCCCGCCUUCUGCGUCCGCAUCCCCCAUGCCGCGGUCGGCCGAGCUCUGCAAGACUGCCCCAGCAACGCGGAGCUGUGGAUCAAGAAUGCGGAGCUGCUGCACCGUGAGGCUUGCCGCAGCAAGCAGGAGCGCUGCCGAUGGGCGGCGCAG